CAUAAAGGGGCGGCGAUGGGCGGCGGCAGAUCGGGCGAGGGCGAGUGGGAGGUCCGGCCGGGCGGGAUGCUGGUGCAGCAGCGCAGGGACGCCAACGACGGGCCCACCGUCAGGCUCAGGGUCUCCCAUGGCCCCACGCUCCGCGAGGUCAUCGUGCCGGCGCAGGCCACCUUCGGUGAACUGAAGAGGGUCCUUGUCCCGCUCACUGGCUUGGAGCCCGAGAGGCAGAGGCUCAUCUUCCGGGGGAAGGAGAAGCGUGACGACGAGCCACUGCACGCGUCAGGGGCCAAGGAUGGAGCCAAAGUGCUUCUGCUGGAGAAUCAGUUCCCAGCCAAUGUGGAGCAGAAUCCUGAGCCUGUGGUGAUGGAUGAGAGCAUGAUGAGGGCCUGUGAGGCCGUCGUGCGUGUCAGAUCUGAAGUUGACAAGCUUUCUGCUAAGGUGUGUGAUUUGGAGAAGAGCGUGCUUGCAGGGACAAAGGUUGUGGAUAAAGAAUUUGUUGUCUUGACGGAGCUGCUUAUGGUGCAGCUGCUCAAACUUGAUGGCAUAGAGGCUGAGGGAGAGGCAAGGGCACAGAGGAAGGCCGAGGUCCGCCGAAUUCAGAAUCUUGUUGAGGUCUUGGACAAGCUGAAGGCAAGGAAUGCCAACCCUUUCAGCGAUCAGGACAAGUCUGCUUCGGUGUCAACCGAGUGGGAGACGUUCGACAACGGCAUGGGCAGCUUGAAUGCGCCCCCUGCACGGUUUUCGUCGACGCAAAACGACACUGACUGGGAGCAGUUUGAUUAGCAUCAGAAUGCUUUAUCGAUGUAUCAUGUAACUUGUGACGAAAGCAGAUGUGUACAUGUAUGAAGUUUGGUGCCUGUUUACUACUCCAAUACUCACUGGUGAAUUACCCUGCAAAAUUGUUAUGCUCU